CCUUUGGGGGUGGGGGGGUCCCCUUGCUUGCCCAUCGCCCCUUUUCCAUCCCUUUGCCCCCCCCCUCUGCCCGGCUGGGGAAGCGGGCGCGCUCCCGCGGGCGCGCCCCCGGAGCCGAGCCCGGCUGCUCCGGAGAUGCGAAGGGCGCGGAGCUGAUGGAGGCGCCCCGGCUGCGCCCCCCAAAAGAGCGGCGACGGCGGCGGGGGGAGCUGGGGGCGCCGCUCCCGGGGCCUGGGCGGGCAUCGGCUGCUUCGACGGGGCCCCGCUCGGCCGCCCCCGCUGGGGGGAGAGGAGGAGGAGGAGGGAGGGGGCUAGAAGCCCCCGACCCUCGCCCGCUUUCCCGACGGCCAUGGAGCCGCCGCUGCUCCGGACCCUCUCCGCCCCGGCCACCCCGACGGCGAGGCUGAGUCCGGAGCCGCCUCUGCCCGGCUCGGAGCUGCUGCUGCUCCGCUCCGGAGGAGGGAGCCCCGUCGGGGGAAGCUUCCCCAGCGCCCCCGCUGCCUUGGCGCCUCCGACCCGGGAGCAGGUGCUGCGCGGGACGGCCGAGUGGGGUCCCCGUCGAGCCUCUUUCCCCUCCUCCUCUUCCAUCGGCGGCUGCCUGGCCGGCCCGGAGGAGCCAGACACACACCCGGGGGCUCGGGGACGCGGCGGCCCAAUCAGCCUCGAGGAAAGCGACUCAGGUGCGGGAGAUCGCCGGCAAGACGCCGCCGCCGCCGUCGGGCCGAGCCUGAAGCCGCAGGAAGCUUCUGAGGAUGAACCGUGGGGCUCCAGCUCAUUAGCAGAGCAUCCCCUUGCUCCGGAUUUACGACUGGGGGCAGCGGGGAGCCGGGAAGACUUGGACGUGGAGGAGCUUUUUUGCCCCAUCCCGGAGACCCUCCCAGGGCCAGGGGAGCUGUUCCUGGAUCUUGCAAGCCCUCCAGGAGAGGAAUCCUACGGCGCCGGGCUCUUUCUGGAUUGUCCCUGGACGGAUGAGAUGGACCACUCGGACUCUCAAAUGGGUCGGGGUCCCCCUCUGUUGAGGUCCCUGGCGGCGACUCCCCCCAAUACGUUGCUCCCUUCUCUCCAGUCUUCCGAAGAUCUGGCCCCCCACUUAACUUUGGGGCAGGCCCAACACCUGGAGGAAGAGCUGCAUGGCUGUUUGGAAGAUGCUCCUCAGCUUCAAAUGGUCUUCCGAGCCCUGGACCAGGACGAUGAUGGAUUUGUCCGGAUAGAGGAGUUUGUGCAGUUUGCUACUGUUUAUGGGGCAGAGCAGGUGAAGGAUUUGAUCAAGUUCCUGGACCCCACUGGGCUUGGCGUGAUCAGCUUCGAAGACUUCUGUCGAGGGAUUUCUGCAAUCAGAAAUGGAGAUCCAGACAGUCAGCUCUGCCCAAUGGGGUACACUCCCGAUGACCCGCCUCCUGCGUGCGCUGAUGAAUUUGAUGAUUUCGUGACAUACGAGGCCAAUGAGGUGACGGACAGCGCUUAUAUGGGCUCCGAGAGCACCUACAGCGAGUGCGAGACCUUCACGGAUGAGGACACCAGCACGCUGGUCCAUCCUGAGAUGCACGACGAAGUGGAGACGGACAGUGCGGUCGAUUCCACGGUGCAUUCGGAAUUCAUGGAGUCAGAGGAAACGGAGAACGGAUCCCACCCUCAUGAUUUGUCCUUGACCACCGAUGUCAACAGCCACUCAAUUGUCACCAUAAUCAGCGGAGAGGAACAUUUUGAGGACUACGGAGAAGGGAAUGAAGGAGACCUUUUCUCGGAGAGCUUGUGCAAUGGAGAAAGUGGCUUCUGUAGCUCGUCUUUCCUUUCUCUCAGCACCAAUCCACUUGCCACGAAACUGCACAACAUUAUCACUGACGAGGUGUUUGAGUUUUACUGCACCCAGUGCCAUAAACAAAUCAACCGCCUCGAAGAUCUGUCCGCCCGCCUCAAUGAUCUUGAAAUGCAUAGCCCGAAUCAGAGAGUCUCCAGCAAAAAGGUAGCAAGGCACCUGCAUCAGACAGGAAGCUUUUCGAUGGAUAAUAUAGAACAACCUUUUCAGAAGACCUCUGAGGGUCUGGAGGAGGAUAUAACUGAUAAGGUGACCUUUUUAGAGAAAAGAGUGUCAGAGCUGGAAAAGGACACAGUGGCCAAUGGGGAGCAGCAGAGCCGGUUAAAGCAAGAAAACCUUCAGUUGGUGCACAGGGCAAACGCUUUAGAAGAGCAGCUGAAAGAGCAAGAGAUGAAAUCUGAUGAAAUCCUUAUGGAAGAAAUCAGGAAACAGAGAGACCUGCUCAGCAGAAUGGAACGAGAAAAAAGCAUGGAGAUUGAAAACCUACAAGCCCAGUUGCAUCAACUGGACAACGAAAAUGGAGAACUUCGAUCCUGCGUCCCUUGCCUCAAAGCCAACAUUGAGAGGCUGGAGGAGGAGAAGCAGAAGUUGUUAGAUGAAAUUGAAGAUCUCACCGUUCAGCUCACGGAAGAGCAGGAGAACAAGAGAAAGCUGGGGGAGAAGUUGAACCACGAGAGACACCAGUUCCAGAAAGAUAAAGAGUCCACGCAGGAGCUGAUUGAGGACCUCAGGAAACAGCUGGAACACCUGCAGCUCUUUAAGCUGGAAGCCGAGCAGCGAAGAGGCCGGAGCAGCAGCGUCGGCCUGCAGGAAUACAACAGCCGGGCGCGAGAGAAUGAACUGGAACAAGAGAUCAGACGGCUUAAGCAGGACAACCGAAUCUUGAAGGAGCAGAAUGACGAGCUGAAUGGGCAGAUCAUAAACCUCAGUAUUCAAGGUGCCAAGAAUCUCUUCUCUGCUUCCUUCUCUGAAUCUCUGGCUGCGGAAAUCAGCUCGGUCUCCAGAGACGAGCUGAUGGAGGCAAUCCAGAAGCAAGAAGAGAUCAACUUCCGACUCCAAGACUACAUUGACCGAAUCAUUGUGGCCAUCAUGGAAACCAACCCGUCCAUCCUGGAAGUCAAGAACGGAGCAGAAUCUGGGUGGCCCCUUCAAAUAGCCUUCUUGGAAACUCCUCCUGUUCACAAGCACCAGAAGCAGGCUUGUGCUGCGUGGGAGGUGGCUGGAUCCCUCGGUACCUGGAAGUUGUAGCACGGCAGUAAAAGGAAGACGCUCUCAGAUCCCUUCCUGAACCUGCCUUCCCCAGCCUCUCUGUUUAAUCAUCUCUCCUUCAUCAUCAGCCUUCCGAUCACCCUCCUUUUUGAAGCUGCCUGGGUUCUUUGGCCAGUGGAAAGGAAAAGGGGGCUGCCUUGAACUCCGGCCAGGUUCUGUGUCUCUCUUGCACCGUUUUGCACAAGGCAGAGCGUGUUUCAGAGCCCCCCCCCUCCCCGUUCUUGGCUCGUCUGCCUUAAAACUCAUGAAUUGCAGGUGCUCCAGGGAGGGGAGCCGUUCCGCAGAGAAGGCUUUAUGGUGGGCUGAUGUGAAAGGAAAAAAAAAAAAAAAAACAGAGGAAGAGAUCAAACUUAGGCCUGGUCUUCUGGAUGAUUUGGUGGGUGGCAGCCCUGGUGAUGAAGUUGGUUGUUGGGGGCCAGCUGGUGGAUGGCUGUGCUAGAGGAGGAGAAAGCUCAGCUGAUGAUACUGCGUGUGGAAGCAGAGCUGAUUCUUCACCCCUCUUGGCGGCAACCGGUUCCUUCCAUGCUUCCUCUCACACCCUUUGUCAUUUGGUGUUUUCGUUAGUUUAAACCACUUUAAAGGCAAGAAUGGCAACGGAUGUGUCGGUUAAAUAAUAAAAACGGGGAAAGAAGAAAGGGAAGACAUCACAGACUGGAAGAACUGAGUUGUUUGUCUGUUGGCACCAACACAUCAGAUGGCUUAAAAGGACCUGUUCAAGCUCUAAUAGAACACCAAAUUAUUACUAUUAGUUUAGCUUCAACACAAAACUCUUCUGCUCUUCUCCCUUCUCCUCCGGCUGAAGUAGUUUUGUCUAUUGACGGGAGUCUGAUAAACAAGCAAUUAGGGACAAGUCAACAUUCCCUCCAACCUAAAUUUUAGGGGGGAAGAUGAAUUUGGCCCGUAGCAGGCUAUUUCCCCUGAAAAAAAAAAGAGAAAAGGUUUUCAAUGUGUUUUAAAUCUACCCUUUGAAAUGUGUUUUAAAAGAGUCUUGCUUCUUGGGGAUUCUUUCUGAUUUUUAAAUGCCACUAUUUGGAAUUUGAAAGGGGCAUCUUAUACCUCUCAUGAGUGCAUCCUGCUUCACAGAUGCUUUACUUUAGAGAGAACCUUCAGCAGCCCACGGGGAGGUGAGAUUGUACAUUUCUAUACAUGCCUUCUCUGUGUCUCCUCCAGUGACCACCUCUCUAAAGCAAUUGUGCAACUUGAGACACACAACGUAUGGGACAACCAGACUUGUGUCUGAGUGACCCACGCAUGGCAGAUAAUUUUUCUGGGGUGUAAGAGAUCGCGCUGAGAGCUGGCAUAUGCUAUUCCUCUCCAUUCUUUGGAAUCUUCAAGCUGUUGAGCUCUUGGAGUCCCUUCAUGUAUGGUGAAAGUCACAUAAUGCUAGUUUGAAAAUGCCCUGGGAGACAGGAGUGGAAUAGCUCUGGGCCAAAGCCACUGACUUUUGCUUUCUCACCCUUGAUCCAACUGUUGGGCCACUGGAUUACUUUGCAGCUCCUUGAACCAGGACGUUGGAAUUUAUAAAAAGAAAUCAGCAGAUUCCCCUAUUAAUGGUGUCCAACUGGCUUGAACAUGGAGCUGAAAUGGUCAGAGAAACGCAGAGACGUCGUUCCACUAUAAAGUGGUUCUCAAAUCCCAAACAUUCUUAUACGCUUACUAAUAUCCUGUAUUUCUCUGUACCUCCCCAAAAAAAGGAGUCUGCAGGAAGAAUCCACAUACUGUAACAUUUCCAGAAGAAACCUUGGGUGUAAAUCAGUGUAUACUUGGAAAGAGAAAGACUUUUUUUUCCUUUUUCUACCUUGUAGAGUUAGGUAUUUUUUUAUAGAACAGACGCCGAUCAAUUUUUAAUACUGCAGAGAGCAAUGUAUCUGUGUGAACACACAAACCUCUCUAUAUAUAUACGUAUGUAUGUAUUGUAUAAUGUACAAAUCUAUAAAUAAUCAGAUUGCCUUUUUGGACUUGGGCUCACCUGUCUGUAUUGUAAAGCCCUCCCCCAGGUUCCUCCUGGCCUCCUGGUUGAUCACCACGUGGUACUGUAAUGUAAAUAGUCAUAGCAGGAGGAAAACAGCAGACCCACCAUAAAUAGUGAAGCUUGGGCUUGCGCACACCGUUUUAAUUUCUCAAGGAAAACUGUUCUCCCCGGUGGGUAUGUGAAGGAAUUUCCAAAAAGAGGAAAGCAGUUAUUUGUCCUAACAGGCGUGCUGACUUGUCUCAUUAAAAGCUGUUACCGUCUCUGGCUAGAAAA